AUGACCGUUGUCGAGAACAUUAGCUGGUCCGAAUUACUGAAGAGCACCAAUCUCACAGCUCAACAUGGUAAUGACGGCAACCGAAUUGCCACGGCAACCGAGUCUUUGAAGCAAACAGCCCACCAAUUCACCCAAGUCCUCAAUGAGCGUGCCAUACUUUUUGCCAACAGUGCCCAGUUUGGUGCAGCCCUGCAUGAUGCAGCAGCCAUAAGAGCCCUAUUACCGGGAUCAGGGCUUGGGUAUUUGUGUACAGGAGACGUGCACUGCCAACAAGGACGUUACGCAGCAGCGAUUUCCAUAUACGACCAAGGGCUUGAAACAGUACCUGAUACCGAUGCCUAUUACCAACAGCUUCAACAGCAUCGAUUAGCAGCAAUAGCCAACAACAAUAAACGUGUCGAUUUCAUCAACGAGUUGCCAUUGGAUAUUGUCAUCUCCCACAUUGUAUCAAGGAUAGCAGCAGACUUGGGAUCUAAUGAGCUGUAUGAGCCUCUUUAUGUAUCACGUGCCUGGCAGGAGCGUAUUUUGCAGCGACCUGACGGUUUGGACUUUGCUUUGGGCCAAGAAUGGGUCACCUUGAAGAACGGUCAUGAUCAACUUGUCCGGUUUGCACCCUAUAUCCGACGCAUAUCAGGAAGCAUUAAAAAUGGUAUUCAUUUGGACGAUCUCCUUUCUCGUGCACACUUUUCGAAUCUUAAACGACUAGAUUUAUUCUAUGACGACCCCUCUCAUGAUGCAUUGAUAAACGGCCUGCAAUUGGUUGGUGAUUCGCUGACGCACUUGGCCAUUGAAGGGGAUCCUUAUAACAUUGAACUCUAUCGCAUUGUGGAAUCAUGCCCAAAUCUUGUAUCUCUGGUGGUCGAUAAUGUGCGCGUUGUUAUGUCUUCUUCAUCAGGACGCUAUCCCAAGAUGACGCAUCUUAGAAUUUACAACGUACCAGUGGCAGUUCCCAGCGAUGAUGAUGUGAUUGAUCUCCUAAGUCGGUUUCCUUCUUUAUUGUCAUUCGAUAUUACACCGAAGCCUUCAUCCAGUGUCUUGACUCUUCUACAUGAGCAUUGCCCAUAUCUACAGCAACUUCAUUACGGCUGUUACAGCGGUGCUACAGACGAACCUGAUUUACACAAAGUUGAACUCCAUCCAAAUGGAAAAGGGAUCACCUCGGCUCAUCUGGGAAAUGAAGGAUACGAUUAUGACCAUGACGACCUGAUUCAAUUCUUACACCUGCACAGACAUUCAUUGGAAGCAAUUGAUUUUGGCUGCUCUAAUAUUAAUGACAACGAUUGCCAUUGGAAGUUGGAGAAUGGAAACGUAGUACUACAGGCGCACGAUCAUCAUCGAGAUAUGCCUACAAGUCUACUCCCUGAAAAUGAUCCAACUCAAACGAAGACUAUAUUCAAACGACUUGUGGAUGUAUCUUUUUUGAAUGAUGAUCCGUCAUCAUCAUCUCGUGGUUUUAUGUUAUGGUUGAUAUCGAAUGCACCCAAUCUUAAAGCGAUCCAUCUCACUGAAUCCCAUUUUCUGCCUGAUGUCUCAAAGGCGAUGAUCAAGAUGAGCCACCUUUCAAAGUUGGAAAUUACCAGGGUUGCGGGAACUGCCGAGUAUAUCGAUCCCAUCAUUUCAUUGAUGCAGCAUCAUAUUGCAAUGGAGGAUCAGUCAACGCUCGAAGAAAUCAUCAUACACAUAGAUGGUGGGAAUAUGGAUGCAGUAACAUGGCUAGGUUUCAUUUCUCAAAUGAAGCGUCUCAAGGACCUGAGCUUGCUCACGAGGGUCAUUCCCGAAGAUUGCUUACCAGCAUUGGAGAAGAUAGGUCAAGGCUGCUCCUCUCUAGAAAGCUUAACGCUUGGUACUUGGUCUUACAGAGGAUCCUCUAUUGCCGAUGGCGUUAUAAGAUCUUUUAGGCAACAUCCCAAUCUUAAACAUCUUACUAUUGAAUCCAAAUCUUUAUUAGCCACCGACGUUUUAGCCUUGAAUACACUUCCACGUUUAGAACGGCUUCGUCUUAAUUAUUAUACUCCCGAUUUGGUCAAAGACAUGUUACGUAGAGUCCUUCCAAAUGUCAUUAUUGAAUAA